AUGUCACAAGUCAAAACAAAUAUUUCUUAGGUUAAGAAAAAUACAAUAUUACUUUUUUGCAAAACCAGCAAAAUGAUUCGCCAAAGUCUAACGAAACUGUUUCAAUCCGUAACUGUCGAGCUAAACGGUACAAGAACCCUCCGUACGAGCGCCCCUAUAUACCGAGACGUGGUAGACCGUCGAGAAAUGCUAAGAUCGGUCCCGGCUACGGACGAGGGAACCGCAGGUGAAAAAACCAGCUCAGUCGACUCCGUACUUCAACAGAAACUCCAACUGUUCCCGACCGCUUCUACCCCUGACACCCUCUUUUACGGAAUCCCUUUCAAAGAGAUCCCCAUUAUCGAUAUCCGAGUAUCGCACAACAACACAAUAUUGGGCCUAACCGAUGCCAAAGGUACACCGAAACUAAUCAGGUCCUGUGGUAUGGAAGGAUUUAAAAACACUAGGAAAGGAACGAAUAUCGCUGCUCAAGCUACCGCUAUUACUAUGGGGACCAAGACGUUGGAAAAAGGGGUGAAAACUGUCAGAGUGAGGGUGCGUGGAUUGGGACCCGGCAGGAUGUCUGCUAUAAAAGGGUUGCAGAUGGCCGGGCUGAAUAUUGUUUCUAUUACGGACAAUACAAGGGUGUCAUGGACACCUCCAAGACCCAGAAAAGAAAGGAAGUUGUAAAUAUUAGUUUAAUUUUCUGUAUUAUAGUUAUUAUGAUUUAAA